AUGGCUGGAAUUCUUGCUUUGGAGACCAAUACGAUCGAUGCUAUUGUAAUUUUGCAUAAGCUGCUGGGGAAGAAAGUCUCGAGUAGGGAUGUGAAAAAAAAAUUACCAAAAACAAAAUCUAAGCCAAAGGGUCUUCCAAACAAGCAUAUAUUGGAUUUUCCCACCAUUUUCUUUGCAGUCCAAACUAGUCCUUGCAACCAAACACCGUCUUCCCUCCGCCACUGCGCUCUCUCUCUCUCUCUCUCUCUCUCUCUCAGAUUUGGUCUCCUGGGAGAAAAUCUGCACCACAGAAAGCUUUUUCCAAUCCGAGAUCAAAAACGCGAACACAGAGUGAAAAUCGAUGGCCAUACUACACAGGAUGGCUUUAUCCUCUCACUACCUCUUCACUUCCUCUCUCCGCCUCUCCCCAAUCCCUACUCCAAUCUUGCACUCCUCCUCUCUCUUCCUCUCCCCUUUCUCUCCCCUUCCAAAACCCCGUUCUCACUCUCCAAAACAGCCCUAGAGAGAGAGAUUAGGGUUUUCGGUUUCUUCAAGAGGAGUAAAAACGGAUUCUCAACGACGUCUUCCGCCGUGGCCACCGAGUCGACUGAGACUGCUUCGGUCGCCAGAGAUAACGCGCAAGAGGAAGCUUUGGUUGAGAAAAUUGUUCUUCCCACUAAUGAGUCGUCGGAAAAGCUUCUCAGAAUUCGCCAUACAUGUGCUCACGUGAUGGCCAUGGCUGUUCAAAAGAUAUUUCCGGAUGCAAAAGUGACCAUCGGUUCAUGGAUAGAAAAUGGGUUUUAUUACGACUUUGAUAUGGAGCCUUUGACAGAUAAAGACUUGAAAGGGAUUAAGAAGGAGAUGGAUCGCAUUAUUAGUCGAAAUUUACCACUGAUUAGAGAAGAAGUUUCCAGAGACCAGGCUCAGAAACGUAUAAUGGUUGUCAAUGAACCGUACAAGAUGGAAAUAUUGGAAAGUAUCAAGGAAGAUCCUAUCACAAUAUAUCAUAUAGGUAAGGUUAAGUUUUGGGCCUUUUUGGGCUGUGUUCUUAAUUUUCAGAUCGGGAAAUGACAGGUCGGU